CUUUCCUGCUGCAGCUCAGCUUCCAGCAGGUAUAAAUAGACAUGGUGAGGAGCUCAGAUAUAGCAGCCUUCAACCACCCAGAAGACUUCAACCAGUCAAUCACUGUCUACAGACACGAACUGAAGAUGGUCCUCUACGUCACUGAUAUCGAAGUUUCUUUGAAUGAAGCUGAGGAGAUUAUGCUCCAUAACGAAGGCUUCAAGAAACUUCCGGUUGAUCUGAACCCAGAUUCUAAAGGAAACAAAAUCUACUUCUGGUAUAAAACCAGUGAUUGCCCAGCAAUCACCAGGAUCCAGUUUUCCUUCACUGAUAAAAUGAAGGAUGGUCUGAUCGCUGAAGGGUACCACCAGGUUGAGAAAAAUCUCAACGCUGGAAACAGUGGCAGCCCCAUCUACCUGUGGUUCCUCAAAGUUUCUUCUCCGUAUGAUGUUCCAAUCGUGGACCUACACCUCUCCAUUGAUGCAGCAGAAGAUGCUAGAAAUGUUCAGCCUUUGUGGGAGAGGUUGCCCUGUGACCUGAACUGGAGAGCUGGAGGAAAGUGGAUCUAUCUGUGGGUGAAGAGGGAGACUCAAACCUACAUCUGCGACAUCACAGCCAAUUUUGACAGGGCUUUAGACGCCAACUUGUUCCAUCAAGGUUACAUCCGAAUGGAUGAAGACACCAAUAGAGGUGUCUUCCUCUGGUACCGACAGUCCACCGAUAGUCAGAAUGCCAUCAAAGAUCUGCAGGUCUCCACUAAUCAGGAGGACAUAGAGAGCUAUAAUAACCAAAACUAUGUGUCAGUGCUAACAAACCUGAAUGAGGGAACCAUGGGAACCCCGGUGUAUGUGUGGUACAAAAGAAAUGAUUGCGGCAGAGAUCCUAUCAACUUUGUCACCCUGAUCCACGACCCAGCCGCAGUGCAGCCGUAUGAGAAAGCUGGUGUCACUGUCAUUCAAAAGAAUCUCAACAAGGGUAAUUCAACCGGCAUAGAGUACCUGUGUUAUAAAUAGAGAGCAUCCUCAUUGUUUCUGAGCAUGCUCAGUGAGUAGAAGUGAUCACUUAUUCUCAUCAUAUCUUCUAUGACAUGAUAUUCCUGCCUCACAGGUCCUUUCUUGCCCUAAUCUCUGAAUCUGAUUCUGACUCUGAUGAUACUUUUUUAAUAAAGUUAAGCAUCUUA